AUGGCAUGUGUGGAGCUGAAUCAAAGUCGGGGUGCACAGGUCCGACUGAGCUGGUUGAGAGACUUGUAUCACAGCUGUUGUGAAAACGAGCUAUGGGAGUUUGCUGCACGUGCAUAUCUUUUGCACCUUGUAGGGUGCACGAUAUUUGCUAACAAAAGCGCCACCUAUGUUCGUACACAUUAUCUCGAGCUAUUUAGAAAUCUUUCCACAUGUCGUACAUAUGGUUGGGGAGUUGCUGCUCUUGUCCACUUAUAUGAGCAGCUAGGAGAUGCCAGCUUUGCAAAUACAAAGCAAUUAGCUGGAUAUCUACCUCUUCUGCAGGCUUGGAUAUACGAGCACUUCCCUACAUUGGGAAUGAAGCAAGUACGGGAUACAUAUGUGGAGACCGAACCCCGUGCUCUACGUUAUGUCACUGGACGCGCCAUUUCCGCUACAGCUGAUGUUAGAGUCCAGUUGGAUGGCUUGACAUAUGAUGGGAUGAUUUGGAACCCAUAUGUAGCACACAGAGCUGCAUGA